GGGAAGCAUCCACCGUCCCCGCCGGCCCUCAGCAGGUUCAUCCGUACCCCGCCCCCACUGACAAAGGCGACCUGGGAAAACCACCCGCGGCAACUCGGGAUUUCCGGUCAACACUGUACCACCCCUAGCCAGGAUGGAUCGGCCAGCGUGUCUUUUUUCGUUAACAGGGACUAGGAGAUUACGAAGUCAGGAGAAACAUGGCGUGGUUCGGCCUUCGCCGCACCUUCUGAGGGGAGACGGUUGUGGCCCCUCAUAACGGAGCCCGAGUGACAGGAACCGAGUAGGGGUAGCGGGAGAUACGUUAAGAGUCCCCCGAGUCUGGUACAUGGCUCUGUGCGGCCGGUGCCUCCCCCGCCCGACCCCCACGGCUGGCCUUGGCGUCGCAGCAACAGUCCGGAUGCCAGUGCCCAUCGCCGUACCAAGGUUCCCGAGCGUACUCCUCCAUGGCGCUGGCGUCUGGCCGCGCAGUCAGGCUACGCCCCCAGCGUAGACGCACACCGGCGUCCAAGCUUUCCGCCUAUUACCGGGCAGCGAUUGGGUCGCUACGCCGCAUGUCACUCCAAGGGCGCACUCUCAUUGGCCAAUCGAGUUUCUGCCGUUUGUUCAUUGCCUCCUGAGCGUAGUCCAGUUACUUUCAGGCUCGGGGAGUGAAGGCCUCAUUCAGAGAAGGUCUCAUUCUGUGUUUUGGGAAGAGAGUCGUGUGGGCCCAGGUAUCGUAGCGGCGACACGAGAGAGACGGCCGGUGUGACAGCCGUCCACUACCUGCACGAGUGUAUUGGUAAUGUUGGGGUGGGCGCACUCUUUUGGAGCUGGAGGAAGUGCUGCCCUCUGCUCCCCCAUCCCAGCGCUUUGGUUUCUCCUAACCGGCAGUCUUUGGGGGACGCUGGAUGAGCCCAUUUCUGAAGUGCGGAGGGGCCGGGCUCCUUAGGCGGCGGGCGGAGCCUGGGCCUGGGAGAGGAACAGGGCCCUGGAGCACCCGGUUUCGGGACAGUAGGGUUGGUGAGAAUUGCGAUAAUAUUGCCACCUAACUCUUACAUCUUUUAGUGCGUAUGUUCUGUCCACCCAACUACUGGUUCAUUUGAGUAGAUGGGAGUCAGAUGAGUACAUGUUGACGGGAGGGUCUUGGUGACGGGAUCCAGAUCUGAAUCUAUCUGAGCUGCUUGUCAGUUUGUCCGUCUGCCCCUAGGUCUAUCAGCUAUGCCUCUGCCCGUUGCGCUGCAGACCCGCUUGGCCAAGAGAGGCAUCCUCAAACAUCUGGAGCCUGAACCAGAGGAAGAGAUCAUUGCCGAGGACUAUGACGAUGAUCCUGUGGACUAUGAGGCCACCAGGUUGGAGGGCCUACCACCGAGCUGGUACAAGGUUUUCGACCCUUCCUGUGGGCUCCCUUACUACUGGAAUGCGGACACAGACCUCGUAUCCUGGCUUUCCCCACAUGACCCCAACUCUGUGGUUACCAAAUCGGCCAAGAAGCUCAGAAGCAGUAAUGCAGAUGCUGAAGAAAAGUUGGACCGGAGCCAUGACAAGUCGGACAGGGGCCAUGACAAGUCGGACCGCGGCCAUGAGAAACCAGACAGGGGCCACGACAAGUCAGACCGGGGCCACGACAAAUCUGACAGGGAUCGAGAGCGUGGCUAUGACAAGGUAGACAGAGAGAGAGAGCGAGACAGGGAACGGGAUCGGGACCGCGGGUAUGACAAGGCAGACCGGGAAGAGGGCAAAGAACGGCGCCACCAUCGCCGGGAGGAGCUGGCUCCCUACCCCAAGAGCAAGAAGGUAAGUCGAAAGGAUGAAGAGUUAGACCCCAUGGACCCUAGCUCAUACUCAGAUGCCCCCCGGGGUACGUGGUCAACAGGACUCCCCAAGCGGAAUGAGGCCAAGACUGGUGCUGACACCACAGCAGCUGGGCCCCUCUUCCAGCAGCGGCCGUAUCCAUCCCCAGGGGCUGUGCUCCGGGCCAAUGCAGAGGCCUCCCGAACCAAGCAGCAGGAUUGAAGCUUCGGCCUCCCUGGCCCUGGGUUAAAAUAAAAGCUUUCUGGUGAUCCUGCCCACCAU